CAAGCGAAACAAAUGCCUCCGCGUGUUCUCAAACCCUCCGUUUGUACCUCACUAGUGGAAGCUUGGUCCAUGAUGGAUCCCCCUCCCGUGGGCAUAUUGGACCAGUUGGCCCGUAUCACCGAUCACCCCGUAAAAUUAACUUCCAGCAUUUAUUUACCCCAACAAAGUCGUUUGGUUAUUGGUCGUGAGGAUGGCUCAAUAGUCAUAGUGCCCGCCACACAGACAGUAAUGAUGCAGCUACUUGUAGGUAUUAAGCAAAAUUUUAGCGAUUGGCCUUCACACCAGAUCCUAUAUGGCCACAGGGGUCGUGUUAAUUGUCUGUUGUGCCCCUCAUUGGUGCAUCCACGUUAUGAGAAGUCUUAUUUACUGUCUGGAGGUGUAGAUUUUGCUGUUUGUCUGUGGGAUUUAUAUAGUGGCAGUUUACUGCAUCGCUUCUGUGUACAUGCCGGAGAAAUCACACAACUUUUAGUGCCACCGGAAACUUGCAGCUCACGUAUUCUAAAGUGCAUUUGUUCUGUAGCAUCGGAUCAUUCGGUCACGUUGCUCAGUUUGCAAGAGCGUAAAUGUGUGACAUUGGCCAGUCGUCAUUUGUUCCCAGUGGUAACCAUUAAAUGGCGUCCUUUAGAUGACUUUCUUAUAGUAGGUUGUUCUGAUGGUUCGGUGUAUGUGUGGCAAAUGGAAACUGGUCACUUGGAUCGUGUUUUACACGGCAUGUUGGCCGAAGAAGUAUUAAUGGUAUGCGAUGAACAAGUGGCCGAUGAUACCUCUUGUAGUCCAGCCUCUUCUAAUGCUGAAAUGGGCAUGGCCAAUCCAGCGGUACACUUCUUUCGUGGUCUUAAAUCGCGCAAUAUGAAUGCCAUACGUCAUGCAACCCAACGCGGCAUUACCCAAUGGCAACAGCUCCACGGUCACAAUCAAGGCAACUUUGAUUUUCUUAUGAAACACCGCAGCAAUCCCUUGAUAAUACAAGGACUGCGCACCAACCCAAAAGAUGCUGAAAGUCAUAUACUGUUCUUCGAUAUAGAGGGUUUGAUAUUUGAGCUACACAGCGAAGAAUAUGCACAAAUGACUCCCAGUGAGUUGGAGGCUUUGGGUGUGGUUCUCAACAACCAAAAAGAUAAAACUUUGCACUUGGAGGCUUCCAAGAAAAUCAGCGAUUUCUUUGGUAAGGUCAAAAACAAGGCCGGCGACAUGGAAAAAAUACUAAAGGAUAAAGAUAAACAUGGUUUUGUGCAAAAAUUCAAAGAAAAAACUGAAAUUGUGGAGAAAAAGGUGCAGGCCAAGGUACAGGAGAGUCUACAGAAGGUGGUGGUAGAACCACAAGAACAGGACAGCGAAAAUACAGACUUGAAAAGUAAAAUUGCCUCCAAAAUGGAAGUUACCAAAGUCAUGGAGGUGGCUCAGCUACUCUUAUCUUUGCUGCAUUCCUGGGGUUUGGAUCCUCACCUAGACAAAGUGUGUGAAUCGCAAUUGGGUCUCUUAAGACCAAUGGUGCCCGUCUCAUUUGGCAUACUAUCCAAAGGAGGCUACAUGUCGCUAUUGCUGCCCACUUGGCAGAAUAACUUUGAAAUACCCGAGGGCAUGAAAGUGGUAGCUCCUAGCAGCUCAAAGAAACGUGACAUUCCAGCCGAAUUACUAAGACAAGAAGAACUAACUGCAGUGUUUACUUCACGCUUGCACUGGGAAUUGAGCACCACCCUAACAUCCAAUCAUAUAUUGGCUUUGGUGGCCAUGUCCAACACUUUGCUCUCCAUGAAUUCGGCCUCAUUUUUGCCCGACAGCGAAAGAAGCAAAAAACUAAUGCGUCUGGCUCAGCGCAGUGAUUCUACGCUCACAACCGAAGAACAACAUGAAGACCUAUUGGCUCAUCAUAUAUCGCAAAUAAAACAAGGCUGGAGUCUUUUAUCCACUCAUCAUUGUUUCCUAUUGCCCGAUAAAAUCGAAGCCUUAGAACCAAAGAAAUUCAAACGACCUCAGGUGGAAAUGAUGGCCAAACGCUGGCAACAUCAUUGCAUAGAAAUACGUGAAGCAGCUCAGCAAAUUCUCUUAGGAGAACUCAGACGUAUGGGCAAGCGUGGACGCAAACAGUUGGUUGAAAGCUGGGCUCAAUAUCUACCCAUGUAUACGCACACAGAACCAAUCGCUCAACAGCAUGUGCAAAACACAAAUGGCGCCAAUGGCCAUAAUACUUCUGGUGGUUCAGCUGUAAGUGAAGUCGACAAUGGCGGUGAAGACUAUGAAGAAGAGGAAGAAGAAAUCAUACGCAAGCCGUCCAGUUUAUCCGAAUUGAAGCGAAAACAAACUACAGCCGUUAUACUGUUGGGUGUAAUAGGUGCUGAAUUUGGUCAAGAUAUUAACCAAGAUUCCCCAAGUAGAACUUCGGCCGGUGGUAGUGUGGCAGAACGUCGUAAAUCUUCUGUUGUAGAAGGUUUUGGUAUAGCUAACAAUUUGGCACGUUUAACAUCAAUGGCUUUGGCUCAUCUUCUCUAUGCCCCACCUUCACCAAAGUUGCCUCAAUAUACCCCUCUUCGACGGGCUGCUAUAGAUUUAUUGGGACGCGGUUUUACCGUUUGGGAACCCUAUUUGGAUGUCAGUAAAGUGUUACUGGGACUGUUGGAAUUGGCUUGUGAGGGCAAAUCUGUACCCAAUUUGAACUAUAAACUUCCUUUAACACCACAAGCCGAUGCUUGUCGUACUGCACGACAUGCCUUACGUUUAAUAGCCACUGCUCGUCCAGCCGCCUUUAUAACAACAAUGGCUCGUGAGGUGGCACGUUAUAAUAGUAUGCAACAAAAUCCACAAUCCAUUAAUGUACCACUUACACAAUCUGUCCUCUACAAAGCCAAGGGUGAGAUACUCCAAUGCGUAGAAAUGUUAAUAGAUAAAAUGCAAGCUGAAAUCGCCAGUUUAUUGGUGGAAGUUAUGGAUAUCACUUUGCAUUGUGUAGACAAUGUGGAGUUGAAAACAAAGGGUUUAGCCGAUGUUUGUCCAUCAAUAUGUCGCUUCAAUCAAAUAUCACAUUGUCCACAGUCCAGACGUAUAGCCGUAGGUGCCAGCAAUGGUCAUUUAGCCAUAUACGAGCUAAGACAAAACAAAUGUCAAAUGAUACCAGCUCAUACACAUCCUAUAACAUCGCUGGCCUUCUCUCCCGAUGGCAAAUAUCUAGUGUCGUAUUCUUGCAACGAAAAUCGUUUGUCCUUCUGGCAAACCAGUACCGGUAUGUUCGGCCUGGGACAAUCGCAAACCAGAUGUACCAAAGGUUACUCUACAGCGCCCAUACCCGAUGUAUCACGACUUAAUCCCAUGCGUUUAGCCAAGCUAGUAUGGAUAAACAAUCGCACCGUUACGCUAAUGUUGGCCGAUGGUUCAGAAACGCGUUUUAAUGUCUAGAUCAAUUAUAAGGAAUGAAAAUAAAUGAUCACUCACCCCACAUUAAGUUUAGUUUACCCUAAGGUAUUAAAGACGUUUCUUAAAAAGUAUAACUAAAGUAGAAAGUUUAAUAACAGAAAGUAGGUAUUGUAUGAAACGACAUUACAGCUAUAAACAAUUAAUACACGAAAUAUUAUAUAAAAUAAAAGAAAAUACAUUUACGAUUAUAAUUAAAAAUUCAUGUUAAAUAUUUGUUCCCUUCCUUCUUCCUUUUUUCUCUUAUUUUAAUGCUGUAAGUAAUUUCGAAAAUUAUUAAAACUUGAUUGAUUUUGUUUUUAAUGGCAUUGAAAACACCAACAAACCACAAAAAUAUGUAAUAUUUUUAAAAAUACAAACAAACUAUAUACAAUAACAAAACAUUUUACAUUAUUUAAUUAAUUAAUUAUAAUAAAAAAUUGAACUAGACAGGUCGUCCGUCGUCGAA